GUGUCUUCGGUGACAGGUUUAAAGUCUGUCUACACAUUCAGUUUCCGGCUAGUAUUUCUGUUGAGGUGCAACAAGACUUACCUUUUCUUUUGGCUUUUUUCUGUUGAGGGAAAACUAAUCCACAGCCAUGAGCGAAGCGCAACAAGAGGCCCGCUCUUACCUGAGUGAGGAGAUGAUUGCUGAGUUUAAGGCAGCUUUUGACAUGUUUGACACCGAUGGCGGUGGUGACAUCAGCACCAAGGAGUUGGGUACGGUUAUGAGGAUGCUCGGUCAGAACCCCACAAGAGAGGAACUGGAUGAAAUCAUUGAGGAAGUUGAUGAGGAUGGCAGUGGCACCAUUGACUUCGAGGAGUUUUUGGUUAUGAUGGUGAGACAGCUAAAAGAGGACCAGGCUGGCAAGAGUGAGGAAGAGUUGGCAGAGUGUUUCCGUGUGUUUGACAAGAAUGCUGAUGGCUACAUUGACAGAGAGGAGUUUGCACAGAUCAUCCGCAGUACUGGAGAAAGCAUCACAGAAGAUGAAAUUGAUGAGCUCUUGAAAGAUGGAGACAAGAAUGCUGAUGGCAUGCUGGACUUUGACGAAUUCCUGAAGAUGAUGGAAAAUGUGCAGUGAACCAGAGACUGAUGGACAUUCCUUCUUGCCAUAAUUCCUGCUUGCCUUCUCAUCUCACUCACUCAUCUUGAUGAAGCAUAGCCUCUUUUACAGAUGGAGAAGGCCCCUGGUUUAGAACUUGCAAACACUCUUUGAUCUUUCUCAUGAUUAUGAAAACACAUCAAGGACAGUCAGUGACUGUGUGCCCAAAGCAGAAGAGCCAACAUGAGUAGAGAAGUUCACUGGAUGACCACAAGAGGGAGGACAUUGCAAGCCUAGACCACCACUAGCCUAACAGAUUGAAUUUGGUCAAGAUCAGAAAUUUGCCAUCUCAGUCUAGACCAGGUCUAGACCUAUGAAAAUACUAACUACUUCCACAAUGCACACCAGCAAAAAAUAAUAAACCAUAAUUGAAUUCAUUAAAUCAUUUUCAAUUGAUUUGACAGUUUCACUUUCAUGGACUAUAACUGUAAGGUGUAAUAUUAAGUUAUAUUUUAUUUAUUUUUCCAUUUUUUCUGGUGCAAUGUUUUUUUUAAAUUUAUUUUGCUUCUUGGUCAGUUGUUAUUGAUACACGUUUCUCCAGUCAAUUUCCCAAAAAAAUAAAUACAUAAAUCUUGAAA